AACAAACAUUCCAACAUGGACACAGGGUCAAAUUCCAUAUCACACUUUUCCUGUGGCUCUGUGUGCUCAGCAUUACAACUCUACAGUCUGGGACCAACAGAAAAUGGAGAGCCAUUGAUUUUCCCCUUGUUAAGUGGAGCAACAAGAUACAAGUUGCCUCCAUCACCAGGUUACAGAAUGUCUCCACCCUCACACAAAGCAGCACACUCCAUCCCACCUCACACUCUGACUCGGCUGGCACGGGAGUGGCUGGCAGAGGACACACCAAACUUUGACCCGGCAGGAGUGUGUGUGGGCUCGCUGGAGGUUGAGGCGAGGUUGCUGUGUAAAACACCACACAGCGUCCUGGCAGGGAGCCCCUUCUUCACAGCAGUGUUCACUGAGGUCGGCUGCACCGUGGACUGGAUUUCCCAGGAGGGAGCUGAGAUUGGUCCAGAUGCCAUCACACUGACUGCUGUGGUGAGAGGCCCAGCAAGAUGCCUCCUCCUCGGGGAAAGGCCGGCUCUUAACUGCCUGGCCCGAGCCUCGGGGAUUGCCACCCGCUGUUCUCAGCUCCAAGCAAUGGCAACAGUAGGAGGAUGGCAUGGAGAAGUGGCUGGCACACGCAAGACCACCCCAGGCUUCCGUCUGGUGGAAAAGUAUGCCAUGCUGGUUGGCGGUGUGUCCAUGCACAGACAAGACCUGAGUGGAAUGGUGAUGCUGAAGGACAACCAUGUCUGGGCUUCAGGAAGUAUCACACAGGCUGUGAAAGCUGCCCGGUCAGUGUGUGGCUUCAGCAGUAAGAUUGAGGUGGAGUGCCACUCUGCAGAGGAGGGCAGAGAGGCAGCUGCCGCUGGAGCAGACAUUGUUAUGCUGGACAACUUUCAACCUCAGGAACUCCAUGUUGCAGCUAAUGCACUGAAGGAGGAGUUCCCAACACUACUGAUCGAGGCCAGUGGAGGAGUGACUCUAGAGAACUUAUCUAUGUAUCUCUCUCCACAUGUAGACAUCAUUUCUCUGGGCUGCAUAACACAGGGCUGCCCAGUGGUGGACUUUUCUCUCAAGGUUCAAAAGCCUGUUGUUUACUCAAGCCUCGAAGAAUGAUGAUCUUUGUGUCUAUAUACCUGUCUUUAUGUCAUCUGUUGAUGUAUUAGUCUGUGUUUAUGGCCAUGUGCAUAAAACAGACUGUGAAAACAAAUUUCCCCCACUGUAUAUCUACUUUAUCUAUCUAUCUAUCUAUCUAUCUAUCUAUCUAUCUAUCUAUCUAUCAGAAUCUGGUACAGAGUGCCGAUUGAAUGAGAAAAUUAUGUGAGAUUUUGUUCUGAUGAACAGAGGAGAUUUUUAGUGUGCACUAAAAACUACACUACUUUAUUGUACUGCAGUUACAAUGGUCUACUGUUUCUAAAGAUUGAGAAAUAAGUGACAUCCCGUUUGCUCACUGUGUCAACAGUCAUUUGAUAAAAUAAAGAAGAAAUGAAAAAGGAAACAAGACUGUACUUGCUUCUCUGCCAGAGCCAUGUAGGCCCAGACAAUUUCAUAUAGUUCUUGAAAAACAAAUUAUGCAAGGCUGCUUUGUCAUAGAGGAACAGCAGUCACAUGUUAAAAACUAAUCAGUGGAGAUAUUGCAGACAUACAGAAUAAAAGGACAAUUGACAUUUUUCUUCUCAACUUAGCUCCCCCCAAAACGAUUGUGAUUGGUUUAGAGAAAUGCAAAAAACCCAGAGCAUUACGUUCCUCCUAUCCUAGAAUGUAUC